AUGUCAGAUAGUCAUGGCAAAUGCCUUAAUUAUCCUAUUAUUACAACUAAUUAUCAAAUUGAUAAUUAUUCAUUUUCUGGUCUGCAAUGGAUCAACAAUUAUAAUUCAAAUUUAUGUCUUUUUUCUUUGAUCCAAAAAGAACUAUUUAGUUUUUUAUUGUCUACAUCUUCAUAUGCUUUCUUCCUUAUUGGGACCAAUUCGGUACGAAAUUAUGUAGCAUCAGAAAUUAUUGAUCAAGUCGAUCAAAUUUUUUCUUUCAUCUAUUCUCAAUAUCCUCAUUUAACAAAUCAAAAACUGAUAGUAACCACCUGCAUUCCUUGUUUCAAAACUACGAAACGAUUCCCUACUACAACAGCAUUAAUGAAUAAUAUCUAUCAUUAUAAUUAUUUAUUAUUCAUACUCUCCCACAAGUUUAAUUUUCUUUAUUUUGAUUUACAUAUACCAAUCGAUUGGUUGUCUUAUGAUAUGAUGCAUGUUGGUCGUCGUUAUCAUAAUGAAUUUUCCAAUCUUAUUCUAAACUAUAUUAAUAGUUUACCUGUAAAUCAAAAUAUAUCUAUUACAAUCUGCAAUCGUUCUCCUGAAGCUAUUCAUAGACGAAAUAAAAAACGAAAUUUCAAGUUAAAAAUGAUUCAAAAAAAUUUUACUUUACGUCGUGAAAUUUCGUCAUUAUGGUCAUAUAUUCAUUUGAAAAAAUUUCUUAAAUAUAAUGGUAUUCGAUUUGGUACUUUAUCUAUCAUGUCUAACCAUAUAUUAUAUUUACGAUUUAAUAAUAUUUUUAAUUUACGAUCUGCUGACCAUGCACUUCCUAUGGACAUAUUUGAUUCAAUCCAUUUCAUUCAAUGGCUUGAACAUAUUCGUUAA